AUCGGAGGAAGCCAACUGAAAUCGAGGGGCCGUGCGCUGCCCAUGCCAAAGCCAAUGCCAUGAGCAUGGAGGUUGUACUUGCUCGCUCUCCAUUUCCCCGUUUCUCUCUUCCUAACACCAACCUAAAAACCACUCUCAGCUCCUCUAACUCCCAGGUUCUGUUAUGGAGAUCCCCGUUGAUGAACGUACAGUUAAAUCACUACUACAGCAGAAAGCGUAGGGGCUGCAUUAAUGGUGGCGGAGCUUCUAGACGCAGCCUUUGGCCUCAGUUUUCGAGUAGCUAUGAUCGAUGCAAUCUCACGUUUGGGAAGUGUAUUAGCAGGCUCCAAGAAUUUAUGAAUUCUUCAGAAAAAAUGAGAAAACAUGUUUCUUCUACUCUUUUCACCCGGUUGGUUGUUUCAGUGUUGAUGGUUUCUUUCGCCGUCAGCAAUUCACCCUCCUGGGCUCUGAGCGAAGAAAACCUUCUCUUCUUAGAGGCUUGGAGGACGAUUGACCGUGCUUUUGUUGAUAAAACGUUCAAUGGACAAAGUUGGUUUCGGUACAGAGAAAAUGCUUUGCGCAAUGAACCGAUGAACACGCGCGAAGAGACAUGUAUGGUCCUAUUCCUUAAAAGCAUCCAUUCUUCUCUUUUUCGUGAACUGCUGCUUUCCAGGCGAGAGAAAGUGUCUCUAAAUCCAGUGAAGUCAAGACUCUGUGUAAUUCCUGGUUCAGGGAAGGAUUCCCCCAGGAUUGGGUAUAUUAAACUGACAACAUUUAACCAAAAUGCUUCAGGUGCAAUCAGGGAAGCUAUCAAUACUUUGAGGAGUAAUAAUGUUAAUGCCUUUGUGUUGGACCUUCGAGAUAAUAGUGGUGGCUUGUUUCCAGAAGGGAUUGAGAUCGCCAAGAUUUGGUUAGACAAAGGUGUCAUUGUGUAUAUUUGUGAUAGUCGUGGGGUUAGAGAUAUAUAUGACACUGAUGGAAGUAGUGCAAUUGCAACGUCAGAACCCCUUGCUGUACUGGUGAACAAGGGAACUGCAAGUGCAAGUGAAAUAUUAGCCGGUGCAUUGAAAGACAAUAAGCGUGCUGUUUUAUUUGGAGAACCCACAUUUGGAAAAGGCAAGAUUCAAUCAGUUUUUCAGCUAUCUGAUGGUUCUGGCUUGGCGGUUACUGUCGCUCGUUAUGAGACCCCUGAUCACACAGAUAUUGAUAAGGUUGGCGUGAUUCCAGACCAUCCACUACCUAGAUCUUUUCCGAAGGAUGAGGAAGGUUUCUGCGGCUGCCUCCAAGACCCUGCAUCUACUUUAUACGUGAAUAGGGGCCAGCUGUUUGCGAGAUAGCAGAUUCUCUUGUGUUUUGACAUUUUUUGGGGGGGUUAAAGACAUCAUAAUUCCUUUUCAAGUGGAGUAGAUUCAUUCUUUUGCUGGUUCCUUAAUCUUAAUUGGAGCUAGUUUAACUCGAGCAAACAUUAGCUUCAGUAUUUUAUGAAAAGGGAUGUCAAACAGCUUCGGUUUGGUUGACUAUGAAAAUGACACGAGGAAGUUUGACCA